CUUUGUCCCAAACAGUCACGUACAAUUAUAGAAAGUAAACAAUGUCUAAUGUAUCAUCAUCUCUACCAGUUUUCUCUCAUGAUGCAAAACCACCCUCAAACUUUCGACCAAUUGCAGAUUUUCAUCCUUCUGUUUGGGGGGAUUAUUUUAUUCAGUAUCUUUCUAGUUCCGAGGAGCUUGACCAUAAUAUUGAGACACAAAUUGAAACAUUAAAAAAGGAAGUGAGCAAGAUGCUUGUCUCAAAGACUGAGAAUCCCUUAACAAAAGUUGACUUGAUUGAUUCAAUCUCUCGUUUGGGUGUGAACUAUCACUUUGAGCAUGAGAUUGAUGAAGUUAUGCAACAAAUUUACAAGAAUUAUGUUGUAAACGGAGAAAUAAAUAUUGAAGCCAACCUCUCCACUGUUGCUGUGUUAUUUAGAUUAUUGAGGCAACACGGAUUUCAUGUUUCACCUAUUGUGUUCAACAAGUUCAAGAAUCUACAAGGAAACUUUAAUGAGAGACUUUUGAGUGAUGUUGAGGGAAUGUUAAGCUUGUAUGAAGCCUCACAUAUGAUGGUUCAUGGAGAGGACAUUUUGGAAGAAGCACUAACUUUCACUUCCACUCACCUUAAGUCCAUUACCACCACAUUGAGUCCUUCUCUUGCAGCUCAAGUCAAUCAUAGCUUAAGGCAAGCUCUCCAUAAAAACCUGCCUAGGCUAGAGGCACGACGCUACAUUUCUAUCUAUGAGCAAGAUCCUUCUCAUAAUGAAAUUCUACUUACUUUGGCAAAAUUAGAUUUCAAUAAAUUGCAAAAUCUACAUAAAAAAGAAUUUGGCAACAUUUGCAAGUGGUGGAAAGAGUUGGACGUCUCUGGUAAAUUACCCUAUGUGCGAGAUAGAAUUGUGGAAUGUUGCUUUUGGGUUUUAGGGGUAUAUUUUGAGCCCCAAUAUUCUCAAGCAAGAAAAAUACUUUCGAAAGUAUUUGGCAUAACAUUAAUCAUUGAUGAUACAUAUGAUGCAUAUGGGACCAUUGACGAAUUAGAACUUUUGACUGAAGCAAUUGAAAGGUGGGAUAUUAGUUGCUUGAAUGAUCUCCCGGAAUCCAUGAAAUUACCUUAUAAGUUACUCAUAAAUCUUUAUGAAGAAAUAGAACAAGAAAUGAUUAAGGAAGGAAAAUCUUAUUGCAUCAACUACGGCAUAGAAGAAUACAAAAAGUCGGUUCGAGCUUACAUGACUGAGGCCAAAUGGUUCAACAACAACUAUAAACCAACAAUAGAGGAGUACUUGCAUGUAUCAGCAAUAUCAUGUGGUUACUCAUUGAUGACAAUAACAAGUUACAUUGGAAUGGGAGACAUGGUCACUGAGGACAUCUUUAAAUGGGCAACAAAUGAGCCAAAAUUUCUUAGGGCUAUUUCGAUUGGUGGGAGGCUAAUGGAUGACAUUGCGUCCAACGAGUUUGAACAAAAAAGAGGACAUGUUUCCUCAUUCUUGGAAUGCUAUAUGAAUCAAUAUGAUGAGUCUAGGGAAGCUGCCAUUCACGAAUGUCAAAAUAGAAUAAUUGAUAAUUGGAAGGAUAUAAACGAGGAGUGUCUUAUGCCGACCAAAGUUCCAAUGCCUUUUCUGAGACGUCCUUUCAACCUUGCAUGUUUCAUGGAUGUGUUCUAUAAAGAUGAAGAUAACUUCACGCACUCUGGAGGAAUAAUGAAGACAUCUAUUAAAGCUUUGCUCUUAGAUCCAGUGCCUAUUUAACCAUUAAUUUCGGUCCCUUAUAUAUGCUUCAUAUACAACUUUAAAGGCUAAAUUAUAUUUUUGUUCUCUAUAUUUAUUUUUUAAAAUUUAAUUUAGGCUCAUUAUUGUUAAAUGAUUC